CUCCCCUUUCACUUCUUUUUUUUUUAUUUAUUUUCUUUCUUUUAGAUCAAAUCGACAUGGUCAAACCUUCCUCUAACCAUCCUUCCACAAAAGCCAAUAGUACACAAAAUGGAUUUUCACAUAGAAAAAAGAAUACAACCAAAGCACCAGCAUUACCGGAAUCAUGUGGGAAAAUCAACAAACGUAUCCGCGAUCUGAAACGAACUCUUUCAAAGGCGAAUGUAUCACCCAAAGCUAGAGUGGAAUCUGAACGACGUCUUAUACAACUCAAAUAUCUUUAUGGUGAACGAAAGAUUGAUGAAAAAGAAAAAGAAAUGGCCACCAAAUACCACGCUAUCAAGCAUUUUGAACGUAAGAAGGUUCAACGGAAAUUGAAAACUGUACGAAAACAGAUUGAUGAGACCACAGAUAAGGAAAGUUUGGAGAAAUUGGAAAAUAAAUUACAGGAAAUACUUUUAGACGAAAUGUACAUUAAUCAUUUCCCUAAAACCAUUCCUUACGCAUCACUUUAUGCAACCACAGAAGAUGAUAGUAGAUCAAGCAAAAAACAAGAAAUUAGACAACAAAUCAAACAAGUAAUGGAAAAAGGAACUGGAUUCGAUGAUUUCCAAGCUACUUAUCGACAACAAUGGAGGGCAACUUUGAUUAAACAAGGUAUUAUUGAAGAUGCAACACCGGUGAUGGAUGAACUUAUUGAAACGACUGAAGAUACCAAUACUGCUACUGAAUCUGAUCUUAAGGAUGAUUUCUUUGAAACAUAGUAGUAUAGUUUAGUUUAAAAAUGACGUGAUUAGAUAGUUUAUGAAUAAUAAUAAAUUUUUUUUCUUUUUCAAUCAAA